AUGGAACGCACUUACAUUAUGGUCAAGCCCGAUGGUGUCCAACGCGGACUCGUUGGUGAAAUCAUCAAGCGCUUCGAGAACCGUGGCUAUCAACUUAUGGCCCUUGAGUUGCUCCACCCCACCCAAGAACACCUUGAGGAACACUACAAGGACUUGGCUGGUAAGCCUUUCUUCCCUGGUUUGAUCCAAUACAUGCGUAGCGGUCCCGUUGUUGGUAUGGUCUGGGCUGGUAAGGAUGCCGUCAAGACCGGUCGUGUCAUGUUGGGCCAAACCAACCCCAUGGCCAGUGCCCCUGGUACCAUCCGUGGUGACUUUGCUUUGGAUGUUGGCCGCAACAUCUGCCACGGCUCUGACUCUGUUGAGUCUGCCGAGCGUGAAAUUGCUCUCUGGUUCCCCCGUGGUGUCCCCAGCUACGAACGCAACCUCUCCGUCCACAGCCUCAUCUACGAGAACUAA